UCAGCACGGUUGUCUUCGUGCCCCACUCCCCAGCCCUCCUGGAAGGAAGUAACCAGAUUCUCUAGGUGAGUGGGAGUUCUGAGCCUCCGGGACAGAAGGAUGGGUUGCUGGCUUCACAACUCACUUGGAGAGAAGAGGGCGCUAGAGCCUUCGCAGGCACAGCUGAGGCUCCAAGGAGAUGAAGCACCUCCCCAGCCUCCCAUCUCAGACCUCCACAGUCUGAGCAAGUACCUGGGCGUGACUUAUUAAGUCAAAAGCUGAAGAGCCACAUUGGUGUCCAAAAUGCCUGGGCUAAGUCCCUUGAAAUAGUGCCUAGCAUAUAUUAAUCACUAAGUUAAGCAAAUCGUGGUUUCUGCCAUUCCUGGGCCAGAGCUUAAAACCUUUCUCCAAGGGUGUCCCCAUUCCCUGACGUCCCAUUCCUCCAGGCUCUGACUUUGAAGGAUGCUCCCAGCUGUUAGGCCCCCAUCCAUCCCAGGCAAGAAUAGAAACCAGCGCCUCCGGCCGCCCGCGGCCUCCCUCCCUCCCCCGGCAGCGAUCGAUGCGGCCUCAGCCGCUGGGGACGGGAACACAGGAAAGGAGGGGGCCGCCGGGCCUCCGCAGUAGUGAGGCGCAGCGCGGCCUCCGGGGCAGAAAACAGCCCCGGAGGCGCCUUUUGGAGACAGGCGCGCUGGACUCCCAGGAGGCCAGGACAGAGGAAGAUACUGAGGUUCAGAAGAGCCACCAUACACAUCUGGUUUCCUAAGCCCAAGCUUGUCCAGGAAGAGGAGAGAUGUCCCACACUAGCGCCUAGCCGAUGCCAGGCCAUCCCGCCAUCCUACCGCUUCUAAAGCCCUUUAAGGCGGCGGCGUCCGAGGAGCAGGCGCGGCGCCUGUGCGAUGAUUACGACGCAGCGACGCGCGAGUUCUACUUCGAUCGGCACCCGGGCUUCUUCCUCGGCCUGCUGCACUUCUACCGCACUGGCCACCUGCACGUGCUGGACGAGCUGUGCGUCUUCGCCUUUGGCCAGGAGGCCGACUACUGGGGCCUGGGCGAGAAUGCACUGGCCACGUGCUGCCGCGCACGCUACCUGGAGCGGCGGGUGACGCGGCCUCGUGCCUGGGACGAGGACAGCGACGCGCCGAGCAGCGUGGACCCAUGCCCCGACGAGAUCUCCGACGUGCAGCGGGAGCUGGCGCGCUACGGUAUGGCCCGCUGCGGUCGCCUGCGCCGCCGCCUCUGGCUCACCAUGGAGAACCCCGGCUACUCGCUGCCCAGCAAGCUCUUCAGCUGCGUGUCCAUCGGCGUGGUGCUCGCCUCCAUCGCAGCCAUGUGCAUCCACAGCUUGCCCGAGUACCAAGCCCGGGAGGCCGCGGCAGCAGUGGCGGCAGUGGCCGCGGGUCGCAGCGCAGAGGAUGUGCGCGAUGACCCGGUGUUGCGCCGCCUGGAGUACUUCUGCAUCGCUUGGUUCAGCUUCGAGGUGUCAUCGCGCCUGCUGCUGGCUCCUAGCACGCGCAACUUCUUCUGCCACCCGCUCAAUCUCAUCGACAUUGUGUCGGUGCUGCCCUUCUAUCUCACACUGCUGGCUGGCGCGGCGCUUGGAGAUCUGGGCAAGGUGGUGCAAGUGUUCCGCCUCAUGCGCAUCUUCCGUGUGCUCAAGCUGGCACGCCAUUCCACUGGGCUACGCUCUCUGGGCGCCACACUCAAGCACAGCUACCGUGAGGUGGGCAUCUUACUGCUGUACCUGGCCGUGGGUGUGUCAGUAUUCUCGGGUGUGGCCUACACCGCGGAAGAAGAAAACGUGGGCUUUGAGACAAUCCCCGCCUGCUGGUGGUGGGGCACCGUGAGCAUGACCACAGUGGGCUAUGGGGAUGUGGUGCCCGAGACUGUGGCUGGCAAGCUGGCGGCCUCAGGCUGCAUCCUAGGUGGCAUCUUGGUGGUGGCGCUCCCCAUCACCAUCAUCUUCAACAAGUUUUCCCACUUCUACCGGCGCCAGAAGGCACUGGAGGCGGCGGUGCGGAGCAGCGGGCAGCGUUCCUUUGAGGACUUGCUGAGCAGCGUGGACGGGGUAUCAGAGGUGUCUCUGGAAACAUCUCGAGAGACUUCUCAGGAGGGGCGGUCCACAGACCUGGAGACCCAGGCCCCCAGUGAGCCUGCAAAACCUCAGAGUUAUUAAAACCAGGGCUCUGCAUUCCCUCCCCACAGCCUCAGAGUCAGCAAAUAGAGCAGAUUCCUCCCCUGCUUAAGUUCUGUAUGGGAGUCAUCCACCUGAGCAAUGAGACCUAAGCCCGAGGCAGGAUGAUAGUACACAACAACCUCCUUUGAAGUAGAUACGCACCAAGAGGAGGAAGAGGAUGGCCUCUAUAUGAGCCCCGUUAGCCCUGUGCUGGCAGAUAAUUAUCCCCAUUUCACAGAUGAGGGAACUGAAGUUCACCUGAAUGUCACGGAGCUGCUAUAAAGAAGUCAUCUUUUAAUACUAAGUCUCAGGAAGGAGCUGGAGGCUAAGUCCUUACACAAUCUGUAGGGUCCAUAGCACAACCGUCUUCAGUACUACUUCCUAGGGCUGACUUAUACAGAAACCUGAACAGACCCUUCUGGGACUCAGACCCAGCUCUGUACCUGCUUGGGAAAAGGUGGCCAACCCCUGGCCCCAAAACUAGAUCCUAGCCCAUCAGUCACAACUGGUGACCCAGAGAGAAGAUUAUGGAGGAGGAACUGACUUAUAACCAGCGCAGCUUUGAGCUCUUGGUGGCAGAGGGCUGCUGUGCGUGCUCCUGUCCUGCUUGGUCUUUGUCAACUUGACACAAGCUGAAGUUAUCCGGGAAGAGGAACCUCAACUGAGAAACACCUCCAUCAGAUCACCUGUAGGCAAGCCUGUGGGACAUUAUCUUGAUUAAUGACUGAUAUGGGAGG